GUCACACUGAAAAAGUUAUUUUUUUAAUAAAAGAAAGGUGAAACCCCUAGUUUGUAGGUGGUUGAGAGAAAGAAGAUCAACUUAUCACGGUAAAGGACAACACCCGCACACACGCACAAAUAUAUAUAUUUUUGAAGAGCUAAUAGAAUACUGUGUUUGGUCCAUGGAUUCAAUUCAUUAUAGCUCCAACUGUGGAAACCCCAGCCUCAUCAACGUUACCGAUAACGGUGCUGCCUCGUCUUCUUCGACUUCAAGCCGCUACGAGAACCAAAAGCGCCGUGAUUGGAACACUUUUGGCCAAUACCUCAAGAAUCAUAAGCCCCCACUGUCUCUCUCCAGGUGCAGUGGAGCUCACGUCCUGGAAUUCCUUCGCUACCUCGACCAAUUCGGUAAGACCAAAGUCCACACUCAAAUCUGUCCUUUCUAUGGACUCCCGAACCCACCGGCCCCUUGCCCUUGCCCGCUCCGUCAAGCCUGGGGCAGCCUCGACGCUCUCAUCGGCCGCCUCCGAGCUGCCUUUGAAGAAAACGGUGGAAAACCCGAAGCAAACCCUUUUGGGGCACGAGCUGUGAGGCUUUAUCUUCGUGAAGUUCGUGAUAUGCAGUCAAAAGCAAGAGGGAUUAGCUAUGAGAAGAAGAAACGUAAGCGACCGCGGGCUCAACAGAUCCCGACUCCACCAUUACCGCCACUACAGCCGCCACCACCAGGUGCAAGUUAGACUACAUACGCAUCAGCAAAGCAAAAAAUAUCCAAACCCCAUAUGAAAGAUAAAAUUUCACUACAUAUAUGGGAUAUUUUCUCUUUACUUUAGCCAUAAGGUAUGUAUGUGGUGUUAUUUUGAGUAUAUUUUUUAGGGUAUUUUUACUUUUCUAUGCUUUGUG